AUGAGCCUUCAGAAGCGUCUAAUGAAGAUUGUUGAGCGGAAUCCAAAACCUCGCUGGCGAGAUUUACUUGAAGCAAACGAUUACCUUGAGCAUGCCUUUACUCUAACUCCAGAGCAAAGAACUACGAUAACGGGCGUCAAACGAGCUAUCGAAGGUGCCGACGAGGCUGAGGUGCUCGUUCGUCAAAAGCCUCAUUGGUGGAGGUGGCGAGCCCUGAAGCUGAUCAUCUCCUUCAACCGACAUUUGUCCCGUGUUUCCACGUCUGCCGAGCGACUAUCCGACUCAUACGAUCAUCUCCUCGAGACCGAUACCGUAUCCACCCUGCAAACUGGAGACUCAUUCCUUUCUCAAAUCUACGACCUCGUGAAGCGUGCCGACACUGAUAAGUGGGGCGACUACGACAAGAACGAAGUUCUGGCCGACUUCCAAUGGGCAUUGUUCUAUCGUGGCCUCAGCCAAAUUGCUUUUGAUGUAUUCCAAGCACCGCGUUAUGCCGCCAAUAAGGAAGCGAGGAUGUACUCCGAUAUUGCCCGUCGACGGUUCGAUGUCGUCCAGCAACGACUGGCACAGAGCAAUAUCUCCGCGAACCAGCCAUCUGACCUCCCGAACGAAGACGUACCUGAUCCGGGCACCUCCCCAGACGAGGGAUACAGUACAGAUGCUUGCCUGAACAACGGAAGCCGCUCGUCCCAAGAACACGACUCUCAAUGGGUGUCCGAGAUAGACACCCUCCUCGACGACUUGGGUAUCGAUAUCGCUGCACUAUCUCAUACAAUCGUCGACACCGAAUCAUCGCCAACCACUGCUCAAGCGCACGACAACCCACUGCCACCCGCCACCCCCACACAAGGACCAUUAACUUGA